AUGGCUUGUAAUUGUGCUGGUAAGGGUUUACAACCAUUUAGCGUUGAAUUUAUCCUGUUCGGGAAAUACCUGCACCGUAUUGGUCGGGAGAGGACACCUCAAUGUCACCAUUGUGGCGCCGAUGUCGAUACAGCGGAGCACACCUUGGAAGACUGCCCGGAAUGGACACAACAAAGAGCUGCGCUAUGCGCAAAUAUCGGACUGGAUUUAACACUGCCGGCGGUGGUUAGAGCCAUGGUCGGCAGUGACAACGGAUGGGACGCGGUGAAAGUCUUUUGCGAGACUGUUAUGUCGGCAAAGGAGGAAGCCGAGCGAGCCAGGGAGGUAGAUCCCCUCGCUGACCCUGCUCGGCGGAGAAGGUUUGGCCGGAGGCGACGUGCUUUUGCGCGUCGUCUCUGACACCUAGUCAAAUACUAGUCAUAGCGUAAGGUCCAUUAUGAGUGCCGGCGGAUAGACCUUUUACACCUACCCGCUGGCCUCCAUUGUAUAUUAUGUAAAUAUAGAUAAGCACUUUGUACAUUUGUAUAUAUCAUUUGUAUAUAGUUGUAUAUCUCUGAGUGGUCAGUUGCAGUACAACAAACUAUAACUAUAAAAAUCAAAG